AUGUCCCCAAAAAUCUCUCUUCGUCGGUCUGAACGCCUCUUGAAGCAGCGAAAUGCAGUUCAAGACGAAUCAUGUCGCAUUCAGAAACCAAUCCGCAUCGAGACGCGGAAGAAAACCCAAACCACAACGCGAAGCAAGUCCUCUAUAAGUAAUAAGGUCAAAGUCGAGUCGUCCAAAUCAUCCAGAAACCACAAAGCCGAAACGAACGUCUCACAUCUCAUAGAACAUUCAGCAUCCGAUACAGAGGACGAUUGCAGUAUGGAAGGCUCAGAAGAAGAGACAGACGAUGAGUUCAAUGAAUCAGCCAAUAUGUCUACGGACAAUGUUGCAUUUGUUACGGCUGACAUAGUAGACAGGCGUGAAUCGUGCGAUAGCAGGUACGAACCAGGCAACGAAUCUUACCAGAUCGAUGACUUCGUUGUCCAAGAUGACUAUGAAACGGAGGACGAGUCGGAAACGGAAACAAAAGAAGGUGGUGUCGAUGAUGAAUUUGACCAGGAUUAUGCACCCGCACCCCAACAAACGAUAGAGAGGAAGGCUGAUUUUGAUGGCCAGUCUGUCGAAGAUGAGGAUCCAGUCCUGAGGAAGACUUCAGUCACAUCCACACGAUCGGAAUCCUCAGCAUUGUUUGUUUCCGAUCCGGAUGACCCUCCCGAGCCAUUGGAGUGGUGUCCAACCGAUCCCCGAUCGAAUCUCAUCGCGUUCCUAUUCGAGUAUGAAAUUUACAUGGGAAUGAACGUCAUCGAUGCAGCGCUGGAAGAUAUCGUAGAGGAGAUCAUGGACGCAGUCGGUCUUUUCUCUCGGCGAUGCAAUCGCAAGCGAACACCGCUGAGACUUAGGUUAAGUAGUAAGAUAUUGGAUGACGGUGAGGUUUGUGAUGCAUUGCAAACUGCGGAGAGGUUGGGUCUGGGACGAGGCAUGAACUUGGGGGAUGGGACUGAGGGAUGGGUCAUAGGGCCUUCUAGGUAA